AUGUUAAUGCUCGUUAAGCCCCUGACAAAUCGUCUUGGGGAUACUGUAGAAGCGUGGGACAGAUUCCAGCAGAACGAAAUCGGGUACUUUCUUUUGGAUGAUAAAUACUUGGCGACCUCAACACAGCUGAGAACUUGUGUUGCUGCGGUUGUCACAGUGUUCUUAGAUCUCAAGGACAUUCUGAAGAAACUCCGAAGGCUCAAGAAUGAACUCCUGGUCAAUGUCCACCUCAGCCAAGAAGAUCAUGAGUCCAAACUCCUACAGAUGAAGAGUGCGCGGCAAAAUCAAAUUCUUGUUGUCAUCACGAUUGCAUAUCUACCACUAGUCCUCGCGGCAAAUCUGUUCAGUACCGCACCAGGAGUUCUGCCUUUUACUCCGACUUUUGGAAGAUUUAUAGUUGCGUUAUUUGCCUUGGGCUUCCUUAUAGCGGCGUCAAUCGUUUCCUUAUUCCGCUGGCACGGCUGGACCCGACUUUUCGUCAACUUAUGGAUUAAUCGCAGUUCUCGAAAGCGCUCUAGCUGGGAUGUGGAACGUGGAGUGGACGACAACGACGUUGAGACAUCUACACAACAUCCUCUAAACCUGGAAAGUCCAAAUGCUGAAUGA